GUGGAGCAGUAACAGUAUUGCUAUGAAACAGACUUGGAGUGGGGCUUUUCUCACCAAUGAGAAUAAAAUUGAAAACUUGGAGUGGACAGGUCACAGAUGCUUAGAACUGGGUGGAGAAAUUGCUGUUGCUCCCCUCACACACUCUCCUAUCAGGUAGAAGUGGGGGAGAAAGAAAAUAUCUUGAGGGUUUUUCAGUGUAAUGUGAACAAGAUGGAUUAUAUACCAAAUUUGCAACUUUGAUUGAUGUGGCAUUUGCAGUUUUGAAAUCUGCACUGCAUGUUUAACGCAUCUGCCGGAGCCGAAUGUUUCGUUUUGGCUAGCAGUGAUUCCCCUGAUAGUGGCCUGUGUGGAGCUGUGCAGUCAUCUGUGCAUGAGUAAACAACAUGAGUGAGUUGGUCUGACCUCCUGUUCACCCUCACUCCAGACACUUUGGAGUCUGCUCAAAACAUAGAAGCUAGCCCUAACUCCAAACAUCUCAUUUUCAUCCUUCAAAAGGUAGAAGAUUUUGACCGAGAUUAUGGUUAAAGGGUCCUGUCUUAAGAUAAGCACCAAUCUGCAUUAGGCAUAUUUGCGAGCAAUUACCCCUGGAUCACUCCUGAGAUGAAACACAACUUUGUAAGCGUGAUUCCUUCCAACCCCUCCUUUUCUGGCCAUUUUUCCACUUGGUGUUUUCAAAAGGAGUUAGUUCUAUGAGCAUAGCGUAUCCUUGCGAUCAGAUUUGAUUAUUCAGAAGCAGACUAUGAAGUAUUUAUGAACAAAGGUCUUAAAGUUCAACAGCAGGAAGCUUUUGUAAGAGGAACAACUAAUCAAUCCCAGAGCUGACAGCUGUGCAAUUAAUAAUGCUUGUAUGGGCCACAUGAGCAGCGUCGUCUUGAAUUAUAGAGGUGUGCAGAAACACAUUCCUGCUUGACGUUGUUCAGAGGUUAGUGAGUGACGGGAUGCUGAACAGCUGGAGGAGUGACGAGUCUGAGAGUUCACAGCAGGCUUUGCUUAAGUGAGCUACAGGACUCGGACCUUAGCAUGCGAACAGUGAGUACGCCAAGUCCAGCUCUGAUUUUGCCACCUCAUUCAUCUCCAGGCGUGCUUAAUGGCUCCUCCACAUCUUCCUCCACGUUCGGCACGGAAACCAUCGCCAUGGUCCACACACCACCUACUUCCCUCACCCAUCCACAAAGGAGCCUGCGGCAGCCGAGGGACCAGCAGGGGGCGCCCAUCGACAUCCUUCCUGACCAUGCUUUCCUACAGAUCUUUACACACCUGGCCACCAACCAGCUGUGUCAGUGCGCCCGUGUUUGCCGUCGCUGGUACAACUUGGCAUGGGACCCUCGCUUAUGGAGGACUAUUCGUCUGAUGGGAGAUGUGCUACAUGUGGACCGCGCGCUUCGGGUUCUCACUCGCAGACUGUGCCAGGACACCCCCAAUGUGUGUCUGACCCUGGAGACAGUGGUGGUCAGUGGUUGUCGGAGGUUGACCGAUCGAGGACUGUACACAGUGGCACAGUGCUGCCCAGAACUCCGUCACUUAGAGAUGGCCGGCUGUUACAACGUGUCCAACGAGGCCGUGUUUGAGGUGGUGUCACGCUGCCCCAACUUGGAACACCUAGAUGUUUCAGGGUGCUCUAAGGUGACCUGCAUCAGCCUGACACAGGACGUGUCCGUCAAACUCUCCCCUCUUCAUGGGCAGCAGAUCUCCAUCCGCUAUCUUGACAUGACUGACUGUUUUGCUUUGGAAGACGAAGGCCUGCACACCAUUGCUGCCCACUGCACUCAGCUCACCCACCUCUACCUGCGGCGCUGCGUGCGCCUGACUGACGAAGGCCUGCGCUUCUUAGUCAUCUACUGCCCGUCCGUGCGGGAGCUCAGUGUCAGCGACUGCCGCUUCAUCAGUGACUUUGGCCUGCGGGAGAUUGCUAAACUAGAGGGCCGCCUGCGCUACCUUAGCAUAGCGCACUGCGGCCGCAUCACAGACGUGGGUGUGCGUUACAUAGCUAAAUACUGCAACAGACUGCGUUACCUGAACGCUCGUGGCUGCGAGGGACUGACAGACCACGGCGUCGAGCACCUUGCCAAGAACUGCCUCAAGCUCAAGUCCCUGGACAUUGGGAAGUGCCCGUUGGUGUCAGACGCCGGCCUGGAGCAGCUUGCACUAAACUCAUUCAACCUAAAGAGACUGAGUCUGAAGUCGUGCGAGAGCAUCACGGGCCGUGGGCUGCAGGUGGUGGCGGCAAACUGCUUCGACCUUCAGCUGCUGAAUGUACAGGACUGUGACGUGCCACUGGAGGCGCUGCGCUUUGUCAAACGUCAUUGUAAACGCUGCGUCAUUGAACACACCAAUCCAGCCUUUUUCUGAGAGCUGCACUCAUUGGAUUGUGUGGACGGAUUUGAGAAGAUAAUCUCAUUUGACCGGGGCCGGUGACGUAUCUUCUAGACAACACAUCGGAGAUCUGCACUGCUGCACCUCUGUAUUUAAUUUGCAUGGUUGGGAGAAAUCUUAACUUUUUUUUAAUCCAUUUAUUUAUAUUUUUAUUCACUUAUAUAUUUUUGAUUACUCAUCUUGUCUAUGUCAGAUUGUAUUACGUGUAACAUGUACAUUUCAUCAUGAAUGCAAGUUGUUGACGCAUAGAGGAUUACAUGAUGUGACGUUAACCAGAAAUUAAACUAGACACAUUUUGCAGGAGUACGGUGGUCCACAUUUCAGUUUUUUAUUGUUUACAUUUGAUAUCUCUGUUAUGAAUUUGUUUCAUCAUGUAAGCCUUGUAAUUGCUUGGUUUCUAUCAUGGUUUCAUUGCCCAGGAAUAUUACCAAACAGUGCCAUUUUGCUGUGACGUUCACCUUUGUAAUGGUCAAUAAGGCUUUUUCAGGUGUUUAACGAAUGGAAGACCACAGUGGAAUAAAGCGGUCUAAGCCAUAUUAAACAAAAUCAUGAUGUCUGCUUUUAUGUAGCUAACCUGCAUUAGCCAGUUUCAGGAUUGAGAAAACAGAGCAAAAUAUGCAAUUCAUAGUUUUCACGUGAAGUCACACCCUCACAGGAACGCCCACCUGGAGGCCAAAAAGAGGAUUUCCUCCACUGGCCGCAAGUUAUUUUUAUGAGGUUUGCAUUAAGUAGUAAUACAGUAAGACAGUGAUAUUAAAAUACACAUUGAUGCAUACUUUGUACAGGCAAACAGAUGAACCCUGAAUAUACAAGCAAUGCAUAAAAAAAUGUUUCCACGGAAAAACCAUUAUAAAGAAAACAACCAUUUAGCUCAUUACUUUCAUAUUCUUGCCUGUAUAAAGUAUGCAUCAUCAAUAAUGUGUAUACUGAAUUUGAUCUAUUAAUAAAACUGUUUUAAUACAUUAAGGCACUUUAAGUUUUUUUCACAUUAAACGUUUUAGAAUGUCCUGCGGUUGUUAGUGAUUGAAAUAUUGUGGCGGGUGCUUAUAUGGAUUGCUUAUAUGGAUUGCAAAUGGCCAAAACUUGCAUUUCGUUCACAUAUCUUAGUUUUAUUCUUUUGAGAGGUGAUCUAAAUAUUUGUGGAUUGGAAGCAGAUGAAAAAUUGACAGGCUUGUGCUGCAGUUCUAUGGAUGUUUGGCCCUCCACGACUUCGAGCCAGUCACAUGACUGAAAACUAUGAAUUAUAGUGCUUGUCAACCUGUGGGCUGCAGCCUCCUAAAGGACCAGGGACGUUCUGCAGGAUGCUUUUGAAUUUUUCUUUUCUGUAAAUGAGAUAAAUUAGUCAAAAUAAAAUAGCACAAUUUCUUAUUUAUAAAUUGAUAUAUUGUUAUAUUAUA